AGUCCAUAUGCACUUUGCAAAUAUUUACAGAACUAAUCAAACAAUAAAUAAUAAUUAACGAGCGAAGCAUCUGGUUCCAAUGUUUAGCACGCCACUUAAGGCACUGAAGAGCGACGGUGUCGUAGACGCGUAUCUCCGUUCAACGAUUGCGCCUAUCGUAAACCGGUAUCUCGUUUAGUCUACGGAAACCGGCGAGCACGAAAACUCCGAUAUCGCUUCUGCUUUCACUCUCGCGAUAACGCGUGCCGCUGACGUUGCCACGACCUUAUAUAACGGAACGCACCGCCAUCGUCGGUUUUAGUCUCCGCCUCGCGCUUCUCGCUGAAUCCCUCGCGGUUUCAUCCGAAAUCGAAAGGCACGAUGACGUCGAACAACACGAUCAUGGACUCGGACUGUAUGACGCUGACGAGAUUUGUGCUAGCGGAGCAGCGCAAAGUGCCAACUGCGAGCGGCGAUCUCACGCAGCUCUUAAAUAGCAUACAAACAGCCGUGAAGGCCGUCAGCUCGGCCGUAAGAAAGGCCGGUAUCGCUAAUAUGUACGGCAUCGCCGGCAAUACCAACGUACAGGGUGAGGAAGUCAAGAAGCUGGACGUCCUGAGCAACGAGCUCUUCAUCAACAUGCUGACGUCCUCUUACACCACGUGCGUGCUCGUAAGCGAGGAGAAUCAGCACGCGAUCGAGGUGGAGACGGAGAAGAGCGGCAAGUACAUCGUGUGUUUCGAUCCAUUGGACGGCUCGUCCAACAUCGAUUGCCUGGUCUCGGUGGGCUCGAUCUUCGGAAUUUACAAAAAAGCCGAACGAUCCGGAGAAUCCGCGGUUCAGGCCGCCCUGCAGCCUGGACGAAACCUGAUCGCGGCCGGAUACGCUCUUUACGGCUCGGCGACCAUGAUAGUGCUCUCGAUCGGCGGCGGCGUUAAUGGAUUCACGUAUGACCCGGCCAUCGGAGAAUUUAUACUGACCGAGAGGAACAUGCGUAUGCCCGACAGAGGGAAUAUAUAUAGUAUUAACGAAGGUAACGAGAGCACAUGGGACUCGUCUAUUAAGGAAUAUAUACACUCCAAGAAAUAUCCCGCUACCGGGAAGCCCUACAGCGCUAGAUAUGUGGGCUCCAUGGUCGCCGAUGUGCACCGAACGAUUAAAUACGGCGGCAUCUUCUUGUAUCCUGCGAGCAAGAGCAAUCCCAACGGCAAGCUGCGACUUUUAUACGAGUGCGUGCCAAUGGCUUUCAUUAUCAAGGAAGCCGGUGGUCUGGCAACAAACGGAAAAAUUGAUAUUCUGGACAUCGUUCCGGAGAGCAUUCAUCAGAGAUCGCCCAUUUUCUUGGGCUCCAAGGAUGACGUCAACGACGUACUGGCGUGUAUAAAAAAUAAAACCGAUCGGUGAAGACGAGAAGAGAAUCUCUAACGCGAAAAUUCCUCUACCUAAUAAAUAUUUCAACAAUCAAAUAUAUAAUUUAAGCGAAUCAAAUUUAUACUUUUUAUAAUUGUUUUCGAAUUGUUUUGCAAAGUUGCAAUAAAAAUUGUUUUUCAUUAAA